GUCAAAAAUGGUGAUUCCACAAUUUUCGGAGAUGUUCACAAUUGUUUUUCUUUUCUGCUAAGAUUUUUCUAGGCUGGUGAAAACGGAAUAAGUGUCCAAAAAAGUCUGCGAAAAAGUAAAAGGUUUUCUUGUCAGAGACUUUGAAACUGCUGUACAAUGACCGUUAUCAAUAAGAUGGAGAUUGAUGGAGGGCCUAAAGGAGAGGGAUUCAGGUCUUACUACAUAACAAAAAUUGAAGAACUUCAACUAAUUGUUGCUGAAAAGAGCCAAAAUCUCAGACGUCUUCAAGCACAGAGAAAUGAACUCAAUGCAAAAGUUCGUAUGCUCAGAGAAGAACUUAUGCUGCUCCAAGAACAGGGUAGCUAUGUAGGAGAGGUAGUGAAACCAAUGGACAAGAAGAAAGUCCUUGUCAAAGUACAUCCUGAAGGAAAAUUUGUUGUUGAUGUUGACAAAAACAUUGAUAUUAAUGAUGUUACUCCCAACUGCAGAGUAGCUCUCAGAAAUGAGAGUUAUACCCUUCACAAAAUUUUACCAAACAAGGUUGAUCCUCUUGUGUCACUCAUGAUGGUUGAAAAAGUUCCAGACUCCACCUAUGAAAUGGUUGGUGGUCUAGACAAACAGAUUAAAGAAAUCAAAGAAGUGAUUGAGUUGCCAGUGAAGCAUCCUGAAUUGUUUGAUGCUCUUGGUAUUGCUCAACCUAAAGGAGUACUCCUCUAUGGACCUCCAGGUACAGGAAAGACUCUUCUAGCUAGAGCUGUAGCCCACCACACUGAAUGCACUUUCAUUCGUGUGUCUGGGUCUGAGCUUGUGCAGAAAUUCAUUGGUGAAGGAUCCCGUAUGGUCAGAGAACUGUUUGUGAUGGCUAGAGAACAUGCCCCUUCAAUAAUCUUCAUGGAUGAAAUUGAUUCAAUUGGUUCCUCCAGAAUUGAAUCAGGUUCAGGUGGAGAUUCAGAGGUGCAAAGAACCAUGUUGGAACUCCUGAACCAACUUGAUGGUUUUGAAGCAACCAAAAACAUCAAAGUGAUCAUGGCCACCAAUAGAAUUGACAUUCUUGACCCUGCUUUGCUGAGGCCCGGCCGAAUUGACCGGAAAAUUGAAUUUCCUCCACCAAAUGAAGAGGCAAGACUGGACAUCCUGAAGAUCCAUUCAAGAAAGAUGAAUCUUACCAGAGGCAUAAAUCUGAGAAAGAUUGCUGAGUUGAUGCCAGGUGCUAGUGGGGCUGAAGUCAAAGGUGUUUGUACUGAAGCUGGUAUGUAUGCCCUCAGAGAAAGAAGAGUACAUGUGACACAGGAAGACUUUGAAAUGGCAGUGGCUAAAGUUAUGCAGAAAGAUUCUGAAAAGAAUAUGUCCAUCAAGAAAUUAUGGAAGUAAUUAUUUUUUUGUAAUUUGCUCAUAGAUUUAUAAGAAAUAAAUAAUAAUAAUUAUUAUU